UCUUGCUUUUGCCACUUUAGGAUCAGCCAGCCUGAGCCGCAAGCACAAAGCUCAUGGAAGCGAAUCGUGCAGAUGACAUGAGCUGGUGCAAGUUCCAACCAGGUGAACGGAGAUCCACUUGCUUGGACUCGGAGCCCACGAGUAUCUCCAGGGCCUUCAGCGCCUGUGACCUCGGUGCACGUCCAGCGCCGCGGGCAGUUGCAGAGCCUCGCGCGGCAGGUGUUGAGGAGCUAGAGUGGGAAGAGAUUCGGCAGCGCUCACCGCAGGAGUGCAUCCGUGUUGCCGCUCGCUUUCGGCCCGAUACUAUGGACUGCGGCAAUGAGAAGAACUGUAUCAAAUUUGGACAAGACGGCCAGACGUGCACCUUGAGGAUAAAGAAGAAUCAUGGACUGUGUGACUGUACAUUUGCUUACGACCAUAUGUUUCAGCCAGAAGCAUCUCAAUCUGAUGUUUAUUGUACGAUCGCAAAGCCAAUCGUAGAAGGUGUGAUCAACGGAUUCAAUGGGGCCAUCCUUGCGUAUGGCCAGACUGGCAGCGGCAAGACUCACACCAUGUUUGGCCCUCACGGGGCUCAAGCCUUCGUCGAAGAUGGGGAGAUGGACUUUGAAAGUCUGGGCAUCAUACCUCGCGCAUUGCAGGAGCUGGUGGAUUACGCCAAAACCACCCAGGGCUUGGUCCAGCUGCGAGCAUCGUAUGUUGAGACCUACAAUGAGAAUGUGAUUGAUUUGCUGUCGCCGAUGAAGGGCGGCGCCUUGGUUGGAGAUCAGAGCCUGCAGUCUGCCGCGAUGCGCGAGCAAGGCCAAGUUCUCUACUUGCCAACUGUGACAGAGACGCCUGUCAGCUCCGUACGUGAGGCAUUGGAAGUGAUGCGGACGGGCAACCGCAAUCGGCACCAGGCAGAGACCAAGAUGAACCGGCAUUCAUCUCGAAGCCAUGCUGUAUUCAUCGUGACAGUGACCAACCGCGUUGACCCGGCCAGGCAACGCUUUGCCCAGCUGUACCUGGUGGACCUGGCAGGCAGCGAGCGCGUCAUGAAGACUGGGGUGCAGGGCAUGCAGCUGGAGGAGGCGAAGAACAUCAACAAAAGCCUGCUCGCGCUUGGCCAAGUGAUAUGGGCGCUCGCACACAAGCAGAAGCACAUCCCGUACCGAGACUCCAAGCUGACGCAGCUGUUGCGUAACUGCCUGGGCGGGAAUGCUCGCACUGCUGUCAUGAUAACUGCCUCCUCUCAUUCUGACAAUGCGGGAGAAUCUUUGAGUGCGCUCCGCUUCGGUGCGCGGGCAUCCUUGGUGGAGAACUCGGCCAGGGAGAACAUUGCGGAGAACGCUCAUGAGCUCAAGCGGCUCUUGGAGCAAGCUCGGCAGGACCUGGCGGAGCUGCGCGGCUGCUGCCGGCAGCUGCAGGCGGAGCUCACCGCCUACAAGUCCGCGGAAGCCGCGCCGGUCGCCGUGGCUCAGCCAGGCAGCAUGCAGAGUGGCCUCGCGAAGCGCCUGGUGGUAUGGGGCUUGCUGCCAUCCUUGGUCUGCCCCAUAAACAGGGCUAUCAUGAGGGACCCCGUGCUGGCUGCCGAUGGCUGGACCUACGAGCGCCGGGCAGUGGAGAAGCACAUGGCGCGUGCGGGCAGGACCAUGCCGAAGUCUCCCGUCUGCGAACGCUGGGCUUGCUUGCGCGUCACAGGAGAGCGCUUCAGCACCCGUCAAGUUUUGCCAAAUAUGGUGGUGAGACAACUGGUGAGUCAGUACCUGCCGGAACUGGGACCGUUGGAUGAGCCCCUUCCGCACAUGCAGCUCUUGCACGUUUGGCACGUGCAGCUGAUUCUUUCCUUCUUGGAUGCAAAGUCGCUUGCCCGCUGCGAGACAGCUUGGCCCUCUUUCUUGGCGGCGGCAGACGCGGGGCAGACCUGGUCCCACCUGCUGCUGCUGGACUUUGGAUUCCAACCCGAGGAGAAAUGGCGGGAGUCGUAUCGUGAGCUGGCAUUUGCAUCCAGCAAGCAAAGUGUGGAAGGACGUCAGAGACAAAGCACUUAUGGCCUGAAACUCUACAAGUGCCUGUAGGGGCGUGGGCUAGGGAUGGGACCGAGGGACGCGCAUGCUCAAAGUGUACAGGGGCAACGCCGCGCGCAAAAGGCAGACCCUCAGCAUCAUGUUUGGACAAUGUGCCAAACAGAAUGCCUAGGAUUCCUGGGAUGCAAUUAGUUCCAGGUCAGAAGGACACGACACGUGUCUGAUUUUAAUGCCGGGAGCCAUGGCUCUUCCAUUCUCAGUGGCUUACCGCACGCUGGAGCUUGGGCAUGGCUUGGCCUUGCUAUUGCCUCUCCACAGAGAUCAUUCUCGCUUUUUGACUCAGCUUGUUGC